CCUCUUGCUUUUUCCUCCAAAGUAUGUUAUAUUAAGUUUCGUGAAGCAUCGAGUGUUGGUGUGGCCCAGCAUCUAACUAACACGGUUUUUAUUGACAGAGCUUUGAUAGUUGUGCCCUGCGCAGAAGGUAAAAUCCCAGAUGAAGCCAAAGCCCUUUCCCUGUUGGCGCCUGCUCCUACUAUGACAAGCCUAAUGCCUGGUGCAGGGUUGCUUCCUAUACCUACACCAACCCCUUUGACUACACUUGGUGUUUCACUUGGCACUUUGGGGGCUAUACCAGCAGCAGCACUGGACCCUAACAUUACGGCUCUGGGAGAAAUACCACAACCACCAAUUAUGGGGAAUGUGGAUCCAUCCAAAAUUGAUGAAAUCAGGAGAACAGUCUAUGUUGGAAACUUGAAUUCCCAGACUACAACAGCAGAUCAGCUGCUUGAAUUCUUUAAGCAAGUUGGAGAAGUCAAAUUUGUGCGAAUGGCAGGUGAUGAGACACAACCAACAAGAUUUGCUUUUGUGGAAUUUGCAGACCAAAAUUCUGUACCUCGAGCUCUUGCCUUUAAUGGAGUUAUGUUUGGAGACAGGCCACUGAAAAUAAAUCACUCCAAUAAUGCAAUAGUGAAGCCUCCUGAAAUGACACCACAAGCUGCUGCCAAGGAACUGGAAGAGGUGAUGAAGAGAGUAAGGGAAGCCCAGUCUUUCAUAUCUGCUGCUAUUGAGCCAGAGUCUGGAAAGAGCAGUGAAAGAAAAGGCGGUCGAUCUCGUUCCCAUUCUCGUUCAGAAUCCAGGUCUAGCUCAAAAUCCCGAUCUAGGAGGAAAAGAUCACACUCAAAACACAGAAGUAGAUCUGGCAACAGGUCAGUCUCAAGGCAUAAGGACAGACGCAGAUCCAGAAGUCCCCUGAAAAAACGGUCUAGAUUGGAAAGACGGAAAUCUAGAAGUCGCUCUCAUUCUCGGGACAAGAAAAGAGACAAAGAAAAGGUCAAGGAAAAAGAAAAAGUCAAAGAAAAAGAGAGAGACAGAGACAAGGAGAAAGAGAGAGACCGAGACAAAGAUAGAGAAAGAGAACGCGAUAAAGAGAGAAACAGGGAGAGAGAUAAAGAGAGAAACAAAGAUCGGGAGCGAGUCAAAGACAAGGAUAAAGACAGGGACAAGGAUAAGGAGAAAGAUAAGGAGAAGGAAAAAGACAGGGAAGAGGUAGACCAGGACAAGGAAGAUACUGAGAAAGAAGGCGAGAAGGACAGAGAGAAGAUUAAGGACAAGGAGGGAGAUAAGGACAAAGAGAGGGACAGAGAGAAAGAGAAAGAUGGGGAUAAGGAGAAAGAGCGAGAAAAAGAGAGAGAUGAUAAAAAGAAGAAAGAGAAGAGAUCCAGAACACCCCCAAGAAGCUAUAGCUCUUCAAGAAGAUCUCGUAGCUCGAGCAGAGAAAGGCGUAAAAGGAAGAGUAGAAGUCUCUCCAAAUCUCCUAAGUCAUCCAAAACAACAAAAAGAAAGUCUUCACGAACUCCGUCUCCGAGAAGAAACAAAAAGGAAAAAAAGAGAGAGAGAGAUACAAAUAACGAAAGAAGAGAAAGAGAACGCUCCACCUCCAAGAAAAAAAGUAGUAAAGAAAAAGAGGGAAAGGAGAAAUCUGACAAAAGCACCAGUACUUUGAAGGACAAAGAUCACAAUAAAGAGGAUCAGAAUUCAGAAACUGACAAGGAAGUAGACAACAGAGAUACAGAAAGGACAGAUGAAGUCAAACUACAACAGAAUGGGAACUGUCAACCAAAUGAAGAAAACCUCUCAAUUAAAAUGGGAGAGGUUUAA